CAUUCCUACAGGCAAGAGACUGUUCUUGUGUGAAGUGGGCUCCACAGGCCCGUAAUAUCUCACUACAAGCAAGUGUGCAUCUGUUAGAACCAUUGCUAAAGACAGUUCCAUGGAAGAGAAACCAUUCAAGUGUGCAAUUUGUGCUAAAUCUUUUGUGACUUCUACAAGGCUCCUGGCACACCAGAUGAUUCACACAGGGGAGAAACCCUACAGGUGUGAGGUUUGUGAGAAAGCUUUCACCUCUUCUUCCCAACUGCUGAGGCACCAGAGAAUGCACACAGGGCAGAAACCAUUCACAUGCAAGGUAUGUGAUAAAUCAUUCUCGAUCUUAUCAAACCUACGGGUACACCAACGGAUUCACACAGGAGAGAAACCAUUCACAUGUAUGGUGUGUGACAAAUCAUUCUUAGACUUAUCAAACCUCCGCAAACACCAACGCAUUCAUACAGGAGAGAAGCCAUUCACAUGUGAGGUGUGUGACAGAUCAUUUUCAACAUCAUCACACCUCCAUGGACACCAACGCAUUCACACAGGGGAGAAACUGUUCACGUGUGAGGUGUGUCAGAAGUCAUUCUCAGACUCAUCAAGUCUUUGCAGACACCAACGCACUCACACUGGGGAGAAGCCAUUCAUGUGCAAGGUGUGUAACAAGUCAUUCUCAGACUCAUCAAACCUCCGUGGACAUCAACGCAUUCACACGGGCGAGAAACCAUUCACCUGUGAAGUGUGUGACAAAUUGUUCUCCACACUAUCACAGCUCCUUGUCCAUCAACGUGUCCACACUGGGGAGAAACCAUUCAAGUGCAAGGUGUGUGACAGGACUUUCUCAAGGUCAUCGAACCUCCUAGUCCAUCAGAGGCUGCACACAGGGAAAAAGCCAUUCAAGUGCGAAGUGUGUGAUAAAUUAUUCUCAACGUCUUCACUCCUCCUUGUGCACCACCGCAUUCACACAGGGGAGAAACCAUUCUCAUGCAAAGUGUGUGACAAAUCGUUCUCAGAGUCAUCAAACCUCCGUGUACACCAACGUAUUCACACGGGGGAGAAGCCAUAUAGGUGCGAUGUGUGUGGCAAAUCAUUCUCAACGUCAUCGACCCUUCGCCUCCACCAACGCAUUCACACAGGGGAAAAACCAUUCACAUGCGAGGUAUGUGACAAAUCAUUCUCAAGGUCAUCAAAUCUCCUGCUUCAUUGGAGAAUUCACACAAGAGAGUAACCAUUCACGUGUUUGCAA